AUGGGCUUCCGCCACUGGGCUGCUACGCUGCUUGCAGCUGGCCUCAACAUUCAGAAUGCUUUGGCUCAAAGUUCUACGCCUGUUGUCUACACGGAUCCCGCGACGGGCAUCACGUUCGAUACAUGGCCGGUACCAGCAGCCUCGAGCGCGGGUGGAAUGACAUUUGGUAUGGCCCUGCCAUCCGAUGCCCUGACAGUGAAUGCAGACGAAUUCGUGGGAUAUCUGCAAUGCGCAUCGGAAGAUGCAACCUCGACGGGAUGGUGCGGAGUUUCAUUAGGCGGCUCAAUGACCAACAAUCUUCUAUUGAUGGCCUGGCCCUACGAUGAUGAUAUUUACACGAGCUUUCUUUGGGCUACUGGUUACACUCAGCCAGCACCAUAUACCGGCGACGCAACUCUGACCCAGAUCUCAUCGACAGUCAACGAUACGCAUUACACGCUGAUAUUCCGCUGCCAGGGAUGUCUCUCCUGGGACCAAGAUGGAACAACUGGAAGUGUUUCCACCAGUAAUGGUUACAUGGUGCUGGGUUGGGCUGAAGCUUACGCACAGCCAUCAAAUCCAGACUGUCCCGCAAACGUUGUCAUGGUUCAGCACGACUAUCAAGGAAUCUUUGGCGCUCAAUUUGAUUCCACCAUUGCCAAUGCGUCCUAUUCUGCCUGGGCAGCCUCAGCCACUGCUACUGUCACUGGCAGCUGCACUGCGGUUCCCACCACUACUGCCACCACUACCGCCACUGCGACGGCCACGGCCACGGGUGUUCCAGUUCCCACAGCCACCUACGACUACAUUAUCGUUGGUGCCGGAGCAGGAGGUAUACCUCUGGCUGAUAAGCUCAGUGAGGCCGGGAAAUCGGUUCUGCUCAUUGAAAAGGGCCCGCCAUCAUCUGGGCGAUGGGGAGGCGACAUGAAGCCAGACUGGCUGGAUGGCACCAAUCUGACACGCUUUGACGUGCCAGGACUUUGCAAUGAGAUCUGGGUCGACUCGAAUGGUAUCGCGUGUACUGAUACUGACCAGAUGGCUGGAUGUGUCCUUGGUGGAGGAACAGCUGUGAACGCCGGCUUGUGGUGGAAGCCAAACACGGAAGACUGGGACUACAACUUCCCGACCGGAUGGAAAACUUCUGACAUGGCGGCUGCCACAAAUCGUGUUUUCCAACGUAUUCCGGGCACUGAUGUUCCCUCAAUGGAUGGCAAACUCUAUUACCAGCAAGGCUUCAACGUCAUUGCUGGUGGGCUUGCUGCUUCUGGCUGGAAGAAUGUUACACAUGCCAACGAUCAUCCAAAUGACAAGAACCACACCUUUGCCCGCGGAGAAUUCAUGUUUUCCAACGGAGAAAGAGGCGGUCCUAUGGCAACGUACCUCGUCUCGGCGAACGCGCGGUCCAACUUUGAUUUGUGGAUGAACACUGCAGUCAAGAGAGUUAUUCGAAGUGGCGGCCAUGUCACAGGUAUCGAGGUUGAGCCCUACCUGGACGGCGGCUACACUGGUGUCGUCAAUGUGACUUCUAUUUCCGGUCGCGUGGUGCUCUCGGCGGGUACAUUUGGGUCUGCUAAGAUCCUCAUGCGAAGUGGUAUUGGACCAUCUGAUCAGCUUGCAAUUGUCCAGGGAUCUGCAGAUGGGCCUACGAUGAUCAACUCGACACAGUGGAUCAUUCUACCUGUCGGCUACAAUCUCGAUGACCACGUCAACACGGAUACCGUCAUCUCUCACCCAGAUGUCGUGUUCUACGACUUCUACGAAGCUUGGGAUGACCCGCCAGCUGACGACGAGAGCCUCUACCUUACUAAACGCUCUGGCAUACUCGCUCAAGCUGCUCCCAACAUUGGUCCUCUCUUCUGGGAUGAGAUCACUGGUGCAGAUGGAAUCGUUCGCCAGCUGCAAUGGACUUCUAGAGUAGAGGGGAGUGAUGGCAUUGCGAAUGGAAACUCUAUGACCAUGAGUCAAUAUCUUGGUCGCGGCGCCACUUCUCGAGGACGCAUGACAAUCACUUCAUCGCUCAGCACUGUCGUUUCAACACUUCCUUACCUCAACGAUGCGAAUGAUGUUGCUGCUGUAAUUCAGGGCAUCAAGAACCUGAAGGCGGCUUUGGCCAACGUCCAGAAUCUCACAUGGGAAUACCCAACUGCAGACGAAUCCGUUGAGGAUUUCGUGAACAACAUGAUUGUCUCGUACUCCAACAGACGCGCAAACCACUGGAUUGGUACCGCCAAAAUUGGAACUGACGAUGGACGCAACGGUGGAAGCGCCGUUGUUGAUGUCAACACGAAAGUCUACGGCACGGAUAAUCUGUUCGUUGUCGACGCGAGUAUCUUCCCUGGUCAUGUUACGUCAAACCCAUCAGCGUACAUUGUGACGGUAGCGGAGCGAGCCUCGGAAAGAAUUCUUGCCUUGGCGACUUCAACGGCUGUCGCCAAGUAUGGGCAGUGUGGAGGCAUACAAUGGACUGGUAGCUUCCAAUGUGCCGCUGGAAGCACUUGCCAGAAGCAGAAUGAUUACUACUCACAGUGUUUGUGA